AUGUUGCAACGACUGUUAGGAAGAGCUGUCGCUCGGCACAAUGCAUUACCAACCAGCUUAACAGAGUCUACAACUUGCUAUCGCUUUAAAACCACCAACAGUAAAAUAGAUUACUCAAAGUACCCAAAAUUAAAUGAGGACGAUUUGGAGGAGGACUUCAUGCGUGGUAGUGGGCCUGGUGGGCAAUCAGUUAAUAAAACUUCCAACUGCGUUUUCUUGCGUCACAUCCCAACAAACAUAACAAUUAAAUGUCACACGCAUCGACUGGCUUCUAAAAACCGCAUAGAAGCACGAAAACUUUUACUGGAAAAGUUAGAUGCCCACUUUAAUGGGGAGAAUGCUGUGGCGGCACAAAUAAAAAUUCUUGAAUCAAAAAAGUCGACUGAACGCAAGCGCAGACAGCAAAAAUUAAAUGAAAUGAAGAAGAACUGGAAAGAGCGGGAGCAAGCAAUUAGUGACAGCGAGGAAAGGGCGUGAAAGCCUCCUUAAUUAGUUAAGGUACAAAAAAAUUUUUGUUAAUUUUUUAACUUAUCAUUUAUAUAAGUAAGUAAUCUAAACGUUUGUAUGAAUAAAUCUAAAUCUACCAUGUAGAAAAAUCGCCGAAUGUUCCUUUACCUA